CCGAUACUACUUAUGAUCUGUUCCAAAUCUCGAGCUUACUCAUAACUCGAAUAUUGAUAAUUAAUACCUUAACGUACAAGAGCAGGACAGUAAGACUUCUUUAAACAUAUAGUAUACAAUAUAAUUAAGUAUAGAAGUCUAUAGAUUUUCCCUUUUAAAUAAAGAAAGAUCAUUUAAUUCACCCUAAUGACUCUCCUUAUUAAAGAAACUCUUCUUCUUCUUCCUUGCUUCUCUUCCUCCUCCUCCUCCAUUGAUACUCUAAAAUAAACUUAUAAAUAGCAUGCGUGAAUGUCCCGAGAAAGGUAAAACUAAAUCAACAUAUAUACAUCUAUUUACGAUCUUUUUGAUUGAUAAAUCAAAUCGGUGGUGGUGAAAAUGAUUGGAAACAACAGGGAAGGAUUUGGAGAGUACUACGAGACCGUCAAGAAGAUAAAGAAAGAUCCAGCCUUCGAGACAACGACGGAUCAUGCCGUGAUGGGAAUCAGGAGACAUGUGGCGGUGCCUCCGGGGACAACGUUGAACACCGUAACACCAUGCGCCGCUUGUAAGCUCCUCCGCCGUCGUUGUGCGGAGGAGUGUCCUUUCUCGCCUUACUUCUCGCCGCAUGAACCUCACAAGUUCGCUGCCGUUCAUAAAGUCUUUGGUGCAAGCAACGUCUCCAAGAUGCUUCUGGAAGUGGGAGAGAGCCAAAGAGGAGACGCAGCAAAUAGUUUAGUAUACGAAGCAAACCUAAGACUUAGAGAUCCAAUCUACGGUUGCAUGGGAGCAAUCUCAGCUCUUCAACACCACAUUCAGUCUCUUCAAUCCGAACUCACGACCGUCCGUACGGAAAUCCUACGCCACAAAUACCAAGAAGCCACCACCAUCACUUCUCUCCAAAACAACUUCAACAGCACUACAACAACUUCAUCAGUGAGUUGUGAUCAGCAUGCUCUCGCCUCGGCGAUUCUCCUCCCACCACCACCGCCACCACCUCCUACUCCACGACCACCAAGGUUGUUGUCCUCUCAGCCAGCUCCACCGCCUACGCCACCCGUUUCUUUGCCAUCUCCGUCCAUGGUUGUGUCGUCCUCUUCAUCUUCUAAUUCAUCUGCCACCAAUUCUAUGUAUAAUCCUCCUCCAUCUUCGACGGCUGGAUAUAGCAAUUCUCUGUCCAGUGAUAAUAAUGUUCAUUACUUUGAUUAAAUCAGAAUUCUGUGUUCCUUAAUUUUUUUAAAAUACUAUUAUAGCCCUUAUUAUAAGCUACGAGAUUGAAUGGUGAUCCAUGUUAAAGAUAGGGUUUUCAACUUUUGAUUUAUUUUAUUUUUCAUAUUGAUUAA